ACAUGAAGUAAAUCUCCUUAAAUGUAGCAACACAAAUGUGUGAAUCACAUACGAAUCAGCAAGAGAACUCGAGGGCAAAAAGCUUAUAGGCUUUCCUUAGUUGAAGCUCGUGGACAACACAUACCGAAAAUGUCCGCAGUGGGAAGUGAAGCAGCUUCCAUGCUUGAAAAGGCACUAGAGGAAAUGGACGAUAUUUUCAAGGAAGCUGGGCAGCCUACCGUUUAUCACUCACCACGGCACCAUACAGGCGAAAUCGGCAACAACAUGGAUAGCAUAAGGAUAUUAAUCGAGAAUUUUGAGGUGCUUCUUGUUGAAAAUAAUUACCCAUCUGGAAUAAAGCGCCAGGAAGCAGAAGCACUUUUUCAUUUGGCAAGCAAGCUGUCCUAUUUCAUGUUGUUUAUAGAAGAUGCGGUGGAUCAUUUGCAUGGCCAGACUAGAGAGGAUAUCUUACACGAACUAUCAAAUGUGAAGAAAGAGAAAGAGGCUUUUCUUUUGCAAAUUGGGCAACUGUCAACUGACCUUGAAAAUGCUCAAAAGCAAAUUGAACUUGGGAUAAAUACCAGUGAAGGGAAACAAAAGGAAAACACAAAACUGGGUGCUGAAUUAAAAACAACAGCUGAAGCACAUGACAAAAAGUCAACUACGCAAGAUGAAAGCGCUAUCGGUUUGAAGAAGCGGCUCCGCGAAAAAGCCUCAGAGGUUAACCGACUUAAGCUUAUUGUCGAUGAUCUAAAGUUAUCUCAUGAGGAAAAGGAUAAUGCAUUGUCGCGAAUUCAAAUUGAAAUCGAGAGGCUGCGAGAGGAAAACGAUUAUUUGAAGACGUCUUUAGAAGCAUCUCAAGCAUCAAAGUUUGAGAAAUCAUUCAAUGAAAACCAUGCAGUCAUGAAUGGCAUUGAAGAUCAGAAAUCAGAAGAUGGCCUUGAUAGCGACAGUGUCUUCCAAAACACAAGAAGCACCAGUGAACCAAAUUUAACACGAAACUAUGUCAAAAAUGUUGGAAUACCUGCAAACUCUGCCAUCGCUAACAAUUCAAAUGGUAGAAGCUUCCCAGUGGAACAAAGAAGAAAUGUUCUGGGCAACUCUUUCGCCACGUGGACCAUGGAGCAGAUAAAUGAUUGGUUAGAAGAAGAGGGACUGGCAGCAUACAUACCAGCGUUUACAAAAGCGAUUGCCAGGGGAGAUGAUGUCUUCAAAAUGAAUAAUCAAGAAAUUGAAAAAGAAUUAGGAAUAUCUUUACACAUCCAUCAAAAGAAACUAACACUUGCACUAAAGUCUUUACAGUCAUUGGAACCAGACUAUCCUGGAAGACUUGAUCACAACUGGGUCGCAAGAUGGCUUGAUGAUAUUGGCCUUCCGCAGUAUAAAGGCAUUUUCUACGAAAAUAGGGUCGACGGACGUAUCUUACAGAAUUUGACGCUUGACGACCUGUUUCACCUCAAAGUAUACAACACGCUGCACCAUGUUAGCUUAAAAAGAGCUAUACAGUGUCUGAGGCAUCAACAGUUUCAUCCGAAUUAUCUAAAACCAUGUCUUACGCCACAGAAUGACGACAGAUGCAAUCAUGUUAUGUUAUGGACAAACAGCCGGGUGAUGGAUUGGCUACGGUCUGUUGACCUCGCAGAAUACGCUCCAAAUCUAAGAGGCAGUGGAGUACAUGGAGCCCUGAUGAUACUUGAGCCAAGAUUCAACGCAGAGACGCUAGCGAAUCUAUUAGCAAUCUCACAGAGCAAGACGCUGCUUAGGAGACAUUUGCAAUCCCAGUUCGAAACACUACUCACUGAAAGCUGCCUCAAGCAAAAACAUAUGACUGCAAAAUCGCCUGAUUUCAUUCCUCUCAAUUCAUCAGAAAAACACAAGCUUCGCAAGAAGGGGCCAUUUGGUACUUUGCGACGACGGAAGUCAGAACUUGAAUUGGACCAAUGCAUAUGUCCUGAAGAUUUAGAUAUACCUCAGUGCCUCUCGCCUCCCCCUGCUCUUGAUCCUGAUGACGUGUUCGAAUUUUCUGAUACACUUUCGUCACCAGCAGUUAGCAACGAACAGAGCGGCAGUAACGAGAAUUGUCUACAGCCGAAAUCGAUGGGCGAAUUUUCUCACGAGAUGACAAAUCUAACGAGCAUGCUCCAUCACGCUAGAUGAGUCAGACAUGGCUGCCACAUGGGCUUUUCUCUUGUCCUUUUACUAGCGCCAAGAGAAAAGGCCUUACUCCAACUCAACGCUGAUUUGCUGGGAGUGAAGAUCAAAUUGCUUUCUGCUCUAAGAUAUAAAUGGGUUUUCCAUGGGAUUCUUGUAGCUAGCAAAUACAUUCCCACUAAAAGAUUUAGAAGUACGUGAAACUAGUCCUUAUGACUUCCAUAUUUAAGUACUUUAAUAUCUUAAACUACUUUCAUUUAAACAUCAUAAUAUUCAAUAGCGAGCGAAUUAUAACGAUAUUUUAAUUAUCGAUUUCUAAGUUUCUUUGUACAGUUAUCAUAUGAUAUAUCGCCAAGACUUGAAACACUAAUUGUGUACAUAUUAAGGACAAUGAAUUUAUCUCUGUAUUUGUUGCAUGUGCAGUUUCUUAGUCCGUGUCUAUUGCAUUAUACUGAUCGUGUGUUUGUCAUUUCGUAUAAUUUUGUAAAGUUCUGUUUGUGUCUUUGGGCGUCUGUAAUUUCACCGUUGUGUGUUUGGCGAAUAAUUGAUAUAUACUUAUGAAUUACAGUUAAAUGAUAGAAGUAAUGAAUUUCGGUGUCUGGUUAAACGUGUGAACUUUUGCGUUUUUUGUUGACCCAGUGUCAUAGGUUGAAGGAACCAGCUGAGUCAAGAAAGGUAUCGACGUGUUAUUUUGUAAAGCUGGUGUAGGUUGAAGCCUCUGCAAGAAAUGGCUUUUGUUUAUAAACACAACAGACACGAUUCGUGUCAUCAAAUUUGAUACAGUAUAGUUCUGCUAAACAACUUUGUUAUUCACUUUCAUCCUGACUUUCUUCUGUUUGUUUACCUUAAACCAAAUAUGUCAGUGGAUUGAUUAUCGUUUGUGUUCAAAAAGCUUAGAGAUCUUGGGCAUUAACUCCGAUUUUGCAGCAGUAGACACUCCAAAUAGUUAGUGUUUCCUUGUGUCUCAGAGAUGGUUUUCACUUUUCAAGCCAGCUGUUUCUCUCUAGCAAUUCAAUAUUCGCAAAUAGUAUCAAUUCAAAAGGUUUUCUCUGUCGUAGACGUCGUCAAUUUUUUUCAAGUAACGUUGAAAUUAUCGUUUAGAUAUCGACCUAGUUCUAGAUUUGUUGGAAAUUAUAUUAGCACAUAAUAACUUAAUGCUUAUCUGUUAAUCAAAUAUUUUGUAAUCAGUUGUAUAUAGUAAAUAUUGGUGUAUAACCAGUCCCAUAUCAUCUUCUCCUUUUAGAUAAUAGAGUAUGAUUUUGUAUGUCAUUGUACCUCUAGAAUAUCAGUCAUUUUUUG